CAUUGAGUGUUGCAAGUUUCACGAGAGGCUCUUCUUUUUUUCCUUUUCGUUUUCUUCGUCAACCACAAUUCGAAGGAUAUCGACGAGUCGGCAAGAUGGCGCCCCUCACCUACUCCAAGACCUCCAAGGUCCCCAACCGUCCCUUCGAGGCCGCCCGUCUUGACUCCGAGCUUAAGCUCGUUGGCGAGUACGGUCUCCGCAACAAGCGUGAGGUCUGGCGUGUCCAGCUUACCCUCUCCAAGAUUCGUCGUGCUGCCCGUCAGCUUUUGACCCUCGACGAGAAGGACCCCAAGCGUCUCUUCGAAGGCAAUGCCCUCAUUCGCCGUCUCGUGCGCGUCGGUGUCCUCGACGAGUCCCGCAUGAAGCUCGAUUACGUCCUGGCCCUGAAGGUCGAGGAUUUCCUUGAGCGCCGCCUCCAGACUUGCGUCUACAAGCUCGGUCUCGCCAAGUCGAUCCACCACGCCCGUGUCCUCAUCCGCCAGCGUCACAUCCGCGUCGGCAAGCAGAUCGUCAACGUCCCCUCCUUCAUCGUCCGUCUCGACUCCCAGAAGCACAUCGAUUUCGCUCUUACCUCGCCCUUCGGUGGUGGCCGCCCCGGCCGUGUCCGCAGAAAGAAGGCCGCUGCCGCCGAGUCCAAGGGUGACGGUGGUGACGACGAGGAGGAUGAUGAGUAAAUGCAUCGCCAUUUAUGCUAAGGAUUGGUCAAAAAAACUCUGGGAAUGGUUGGCAAGCCAAAUACCAACCAUUGGGAUCAUCGGGGUGUUUAUAGUCACGGCGUUCGCCAGAGGCAAAAUGGAAUGAUUGCAUCAAAUACGGAUACCACGAAUGAAUGUUACACAAAAGUCUUUUUCUUGUUCAGUUCAGGGCACCUCGAGGCAUCGUCUUGCAUGCGAACGUUUGACAGGGAAAUGGGUAUCAUGUUUGUCCAAUGCAAUGCUCAUAAGCCAUGCCUACAUACCUAGGUAGUCUAGACCAAUUCAUCCUUGCCCAGGAACUUGGCCA